AUUAAAUUUUAGUUUUGCAGGUUUCUUCUCUUCUUCCUUCCUUCCUCUUUUUUCAUCAUUCAUAAAGUGAAAGCUCACGCAUAGAGCCAUACCGUCCCAAAAAAAGAAGAAGCAAAAGUCCAAAAAAAACUCUCCAAAACAUUCUCUCUUUGCUCUUUAGUCUCUCUCUCUCUGCCUUUCUCUUUGUCAAAGUUCAUGGAUGCUACGAAGUGGACGCAGGGCUUUCAAGAAAUGAUCAAUGUAAAACCAAUGGAUCAAAUGAUUUCAAACACCAACAACAACAACACAUCGCAACAACAACAAACAACAUUCAUGGCCACCACAACAAGGCCAAACGCCACCGCAGCUAACGUCGGCUCCGGCGGAAACAACAACAAUACGGCUACUACGAUGGAAAGUAGAAAGGCCCGACCGCAAGAGAAAGUAAACUGUCCAAGAUGUAACUCAACGAAUACGAAGUUCUGUUAUUACAACAACUACAGUCUCACGCAACCAAGAUACUUCUGCAAAGGCUGUCGAAGGUAUUGGACUGAAGGUGGCUCUCUUCGUAACGUCCCUGUUGGAGGCAGCUCAAGAAAGAACAAGAAAUCCUCAACACCUUUAGCUUCACAUUCCAACCCCAAGCUUCCAGAUCUAAACCCACCGGUUCUUUUCUCAAGCCAAAUCCCUAAUAAAUCGUCAAAAGAUCUCAACUUGUUGUCUUUCCCGGUCAUGCAAGAUCAUCAUCAUGGUAUGUCUCAGUUUCUUCAUAUGCCCAAGAUCGAGAACAACAAUACAUCAUCUUCAAUCUAUGCUUCAUCAUCUCCUGUCUCAGCUCUCGAGCUUCUAAGAUCCAAUGGAGUCUCUUCAAGAGGAAUGAACACGUUCUUGCCUGGUCAAAUGUUGGAUUCAAACUCAGUCAUUUACUCAUCUUUAGGGUUUCCAACAAUGGUUGAUUACAAACAGAGUAACAAUAACCUUUCGUUCUCCAUUGAUCAUCAUCAAGGGAUUGGAAAUAACACCAUCAACAGUAACCAAAGACCUGAAGAUAAUAAUCAUGCUGAUGACAUGAAUGGAGCAAGUAGGGUUUUGUUCCCCUUUUCAGACAUGAAAGAGCUUUCGAGCACAGCCCAAGACAAGAGUCAUGGUAAUAAUACAUAUUGGAGUGGGAUGUUCACUAAUACAGGAGGAUCUUCGUGGUGAAAAAGGUUAAAAGAGAUCAUGAAAUUAUUGGUUUUUCUCCUCUUUUUCACCUUUUAAACUCCUUAUUUACUAUAUUUUUACUUUGAUGAUCUUUUGUUCUUUCUCACAUGGGGUACUUUAGUUAAAGUUGUCAGGAAUUAGUUUACAGAAUGUCUUUUUCAUUCCUUCUUUCUGGUUUUAUUUUUAAAUUGUAAUAGUGUGUGAUGAUAAUUUUAUUUAGUAUUGAGGAGUGAGUGUCGAGGGAUAUAUCAUAGGAGGGUAGAAGAAUAAGUGAAUAUGAGGGCAUUGUGUAAUCAGUGAGAUCUGUAUUCAUCAUUUCUUCUAUUUGCAGAAGUAUUUGUGUAAUUCCUUCGUCUUUAUUUUUAAUCAGUUUCAUAUUAUAUUUAAGUGGUGUAAACAUAAGUUUGGUAGAUUUUUAUUUUGGUUUACCGCAUAAGUUUUCAUAUAUUUACCAUCUAAUAUAGUCACUGUUG